AUGUUUAUUUUUUUAGAGACAUUUGCCUUCAGAACAUCAGCAACACACAGGACUUCUGUUCGGUCUGGCUGCGUCAGAUGUUACAGCACGUCUGGUUAUCUUCAUCACUUCAUCGGUAAUGUUCCCACCGUCCUGGCACCAGCAGAUACGUGUGAGCAUAGAACCCAGGUAAUUUACACCCAUUGGCUCAAAAGAGUACCACACACUGCCGAAACCGAGAUGAAACGUUUGAACAUCUCUCAUAAGGACGACAGCAGCACCAACAGCAAUGAAUACCCCGACCCUAACCCCAAGCAGGUUCCACUGAACGGCCAAUACUCUGAUAUAGAUGCCAAGCGUCAACACUUCCUCUCUGAACACAACCUGGGCAAGAAGAAGUGUGAGACUGAAUAUCACCAGGGCAGCGCUUCCUUUGGCAUGUCUGUCUUCAACUUGGGCAACGCCAUCAUGGGCAGUGGAAUCCUGGGUCUGUCCUACGUCAUGGCAAACACUGGCAUCGCCCUAUUUGUCCAUCUCAAGCUACCUAUACAUGGUCAAGUACGAGCUGCCCGUCGUCAUUCAAGCCUUCAUGGGAGCCAGCAAUGAGACAUGUUUUAGCUUCUGACCCUAUAUAUGAUAUGGCUGAUUGAUUUGACUGUUUUUAAAGGUAACCUGUUUUUCUUGCAAACAAACACAGUUAUGUUUGCAUUCAGUGUUAAGGA